UGUCCACCAUCUUCGUCAUUGAUAGAAAUUAAAGACAACACCAUUGUAUUUCUUUCAUUAAGUCUUGAAGGCUGUUAUAUAGGUUUGUUAUAGUCUAUGGAUAUUUUUACAUAACACUAAGUAAUGUGAUUUAAAAAUAGGUAAAAGACUGUUUAAAUUUGUAUCCGUAUAUAAAUGAUCUCUUGCUGAUAAUGACAUUUUACUGUUUCGAUUUUUGUAAUUCUUAAUUCUUCAACUCAUGUCCAAAUCUAGUUCUAGCAAUCAGCAAUCUAUUCUGACUAGUUUGGGCACCUCAGUUUAUAAAACACACAACCUACUUAUCUGACUACUGUCUAAGAAAUGUGUCACUCAUCUGAACCGAGUGCUGUCCUAGGGUCUAAGCCAGGCCUUAAAUUUAAUUAAUAAAUAUAAUAUGUAAAAGUAAAUAACCAUAUAAAUAAGUAAUUACUUUAAUUAGUCACAGUGUAUGACUCAUAGUCAUACUUAAAAUUUAAAACCGUAAUAAAGUAGGUACUUUGUAAUAAAAAAGUCAAAAAAUUAUCAAAGUAAUAUAGUAUUAGUAUAAUAGUGCAAACUUUAAAUGAAAAAAGUAAACCUAAACUAAAUCAACUUUCUAUUUCUAUCUUUAACUUAAGUCUUUUAGUGUCUGAGCUAUGAAUUUACUAAGUAUGACUUCGCUUGUCCUUUUUUAACAUGAACCGCAUCUCCACAUUCUGUGAUGCAAUUCAGCUGUUGGCGUCGUGAGCUAUAAAAAUAAAACUCUUGUUUUAAUGUACCGGUAAUGAUAAUUUACAACUUUUAUUUUCAGAAUUAAUGCUGUACUGUAUUAAAAAAUAAUUUUAAUAAUGUUAUAGUUAUACAAUUAUAAAUAAAUCGUAACUUAUCUAACCAUGCAUUAAGUAUAUCAGUAAAGUAAAAGUUUAAUAUAAUAAUGUAUUGAUAUAUGGCUUUUCUAUUAUAAAAUCUACAGCAUCCAUUAUACCGGUUUAUACUAUAUAGUCUAUACAAGGCAAUGCAUCCCCUCAUUACUAAAAUACUGUUUGGGGCUACUUAUUUUGAACUUUCAACUUUGGCACAUGACUAAUUAAUUAAAGCUUUCACUGACCAAUGGCAAUGGUUCAAAGUUUUUGCAGAUGGUAAACUCUUAUAAAUUGAAUUCUGAGAUAUUACUACAGUAUAGCCAUUAUCAUUCAUUAUGCAAGUGGCUGUGAAUGGUUGCCAAUGACAAGGGAAAAUUAUGAUCAUUUAUAAUAUGGUCUCUAACCGGUUUUCAAAGCUCAAAUUAAAAUAUUCCAUGUUAAAUGUCUUCAAAAUUCAUCCUGAAACACAAGUUAUCAAAAAUUUUGAUGUAUAGUGAUAAUAAUUGAAUAUUUCCUAAGCUAAGUAUCAGUGUCUUCCGCCAUUUAAAAGUGGGCAUAGUCACUAAUCCAAAAUGGCCUCUAACGCGACCUUUUCAUAAUGAGGUCUAAAUUGAGGAGAAUUGUGAAAAUGUUUUAUGAGCUGGCACAAUGAAAUGUUGCAUACAUGUACCUCAAUAUACUUUGCUGGCAUCCAAUUAGUAUGAAAGACAUACUUAAAAUAUUUUGAUAAAGUUUUUACAUUGAAAGAUGCCUUAUAUUGACAUACGAUUUUGCUCAAUUAAAGUUGAUAUAAACAACAAAAAAACUCAAUGUCAAUGCCAGUCAACAUGUCUCCUAAUGUGAAAGGGCAGAGACCUUAAGUAUGGGCCAAAAAGGACUCCUGUAUUAUUAAAAUUACACUCACAUAAAAAAAUAAAAAAUUGGAUUCCAUUGCGCAGACGCCUAUUUCCAAUACAAAUUACGUAGCCCUUUUGCCCUUCAAAAUUUGUAUGGGAAUCGGUGCAGCCGAAUGUGAUUUUUUUAGUUUUUGGACAUUGGUGUUUUUUGAUUGAUGAAGAAAGGGCUAUUUCUUCAUAAAGAUGGGGUAGUCAACCACAUGUUCACAGUAGUGGACAUCUUGGGCAACAUUUCGGUGUCAUUUUUGCCUUUUCAAUCAACCACAAUAGUAGAGAUUCUUAGGGAUAUAUAACAUCUUUCCCUAAAAAUGUUUUGAAGAAGUUCAAAAUCUAUGUCUUUCACAUUAAAUCUUCCUCAGCAUUAGAUUAUAGAUUUAUGUAUAUGUGUAGCCUGAAUAUUGACUUAGGGUAAGCCUAAUAAUCAAUAGGAUGUUUCAGCUAAUAGCCUUCAUAAUCAAAAGCAACAGAGAAUAAAAUCAGAACUUAUUCAGAAGAUUUUCAACUCCCUAAUUUUAUUUUAACAUGCUUGUGAUAGCAUUUUUUGUUAAAGAUUGCUACAAAAUGGUUAAAUCCUGGAUUUUUUCCCCAAUUAAAACACUAUUCAAAAUAACAGUACUGGCAAUUAUGAUCUGAGAUAAAGAUAUCAAGUUUAUUCAUUAUUGUAAUUCCAAGUUUAAAAAUGUUUCGGAUAUAACUUUUUGUUCCAAGUAUUUCAUAAAAUCAAAAUAGAAAGAAUUACAAACUUUUUGUUUGCCUAAUACUCAUCAUACUGAUUACCAUAAGAGUAAUUUAUUUCUUUGAAUCACUUCCUUGUUGGUGAUUAAUAUAAGACCCCUUUCAAGAAACGGUUAAUAAAAAAAGUAUAAAUAUAACUUCAAGUAUUCUGAAUAGGAAAUGAUGAAUAAAAUAGGAAGCAUCAUAGGGAUGAUGUCAUUUUUUUUUUUUUUAUCCAUUGAUUUUCAAUUCAGUUAUUUUCAUGAACACAUUGUGUUUAAACAUUUUCACUGAAGCUUAAAGCAAAAUAGUUCACUUAAAAUUUGCAAAACAUUUAUUUUCAUCAUUGCUUGAAUAAUUUAGAUGGGUAGGUUAAUUAUUAAAAUAAGGGAAAGACUAUUGAAAGGUGUGUGAUAAAUUUAAUAUGCCUGUUUUCAUUUAAUUAUUCUGCAGCUUGAAGCAAGGGGACGGUGAGAGGCUAAAAAUAAAGAAUGGAACUGUUGUCAUCUUUUCAAGAGAUAAAGGGUUAGCUUCACCCUGGAUCGUAUAUUUCAACCCCGUCGGACGCCCUCAAAAAAACGAGACAGUGAUGGCUUAUCGGCAUCAUCAGGGGCGUCACGAGGGUCAGAGAAAAACAAGGCCAGCUCAACAUUCUCACUGUCACGUCUGUUACCAUCUCGCAGGCGGUCUAAGUCUCGACUCAGCUUAGAUUCGGAGCCAUCUAGAUCAGAUGGUGGAGCAUGCGGCACCCAGGUGUCGCCACCACAUUCAACCGGCAAUGUCCAUUCAUCACCAACUCCACCAUCAGCAAGCAUAUCUCAGCCUAUUCCAUCAGUGCACCUUCAAUGUUCCAAUAAUGCCCAGAGUGAAACCUGCUUCACUCUUGAAAGUAUCCCAUUGGAGAAGAUUGUUCUCGAAGAAGUUUCAACAGACUCGGCCAACGGAGAAUGUGGGAAUUCAUCCCAAGGGGAGGAGAAAGGGGUUGUGUUGGUGGAGUGCCCUGUGUGCCUUGUAGAGAAAUCAAAAGAUUUCUUCUUUGAAUUUUCCACAUGUCAUCACAGAUGUUGCUCAAGUUGUCUUAGAGAAUAUUUUAGAGUAAGUAAUUUUCUUUCAUUUUUUUAAAAUUAAAUAGCAGCGAUUUAAAAGAAAAUAAAUUUGUGAUUGUGGCAGAUUGGGCUCAGUCAGGGGUGCCACUUUUCCGGGUUAUCCCGGAAUUCUGGAUUCGUGAGUCUAAAUAUUUUUCAGUUCCGGAUUCGCGAGUUUUUAUAUUCUCUCAUUCCGGAUUCGCCAGUUCAAUUUAUUCAAAUACGGAUUCUGUCUGGGUUUAAAAGAAAAAAAUCAAAGUGUAACAGAAUUCGCGAAAAACCUUGAAAAUGGACGUAAAUCGCCGAUCACGUCUAUUUUUAGCCUUUCUGUUGUCAGAGCGCUAGUGAUUUCCCCUCGCGCAUGCGCUUUGAGCUUUACACUACUUGUUUCCAGUACCGUACUACUUCGAUAGACCAGAAAUAUUUAUUUUCUGUUCACGUCACCGAUCAAGAGAUAUUUGAAGUGUUUGGGUAAGCAGAGUGUAAAAUUUAGUAAAUAAUCUUGCAAAAUCUUUUUAAUUUAGUUUUAAAUUGUUGGGUAGCCACUAUCACAAAUAGAAAACUACUCGUCCAAGCGUUGCCUAACAAGACUAAGCUUAGCGUACUUUGUUAUGUUUUACUGUAUGCAGGCUACAUGUAUUUUUUUUUUAUUAGAAGAGCUAAGCGUCGUUUACCUUUUUAAAAAAGACUUCUUAAGUUAACUUUACAUUUAAUUACGGAGUAAGCCUUCUAAUUUUGAUUAGACUAAUAUGUUUAAGUUAUUUUUAUCCGUUCUGUAGUGAGCCUGACAUAACUGUACUUAGUGAGUCUUUAUUUAUUAGUUAUGCGCGCCUGUGUUCUGACUCUGGGUAUACUUUAGUAUUUAUUAGUCUUUACAAUUUACAGUAAUUCUACUAUUAAGUCUAUUACUAAUUUAAUUAUUCAUAAUGCUCUGUAUUGCUGUAGUUUAUUACUGGUAUAAUAUAGUCUAUAUUUUUUAUUAUCUAUGCCUUACUAUAAAUUAUAAAUCUAAUAUGAUAAUAUAUUUUAUUUUGUUUCAAUAUUCAGGAUCUAGGCUCAAUAAAAUAAUGUAAUGCCCAACAGUUCCUUUAACUUAAAAGAACUGAUGGGCAUUGCAGUUAGCCUACAGUCUACAAUUGGCAAUCAUGAUUAAAUAAUUCAUCAAUGAAUACUAUGCUGGAAAUAUUGAUAUGAAGUAUUCAAGGGGAGAUUGUCUGAGUCAAUCAUCUGAUGAUACCAGCUUUAUCACCUAUCUUAGGUUUCCACUUCUGUAACUUCUCAAUUUAUGAAAUUUAUGUGUCAAACUAUGAAACUCUCACACUUGGGAUAUUUUAUAGAGACUAAUCACUAAAGUAUGUUGACUCAAACUAUCCAUUUUCAUCAUUAAAGAAGAGAACAUGAACUCCAUAUAAGAAAAUAUGCUUUCCACUUGUGGUAGCUAUACAUUUGUUCCAAAAUGCCCAGGGAACACAAUGCAAAAGUUGACUUUUCAAGUCUAAGUAAAUUGAAAAAUUGUUACUGCAAAGAAAUUUAAUAAAUAUUUACAUGUAUACACCUUAAUUGUUUAAUUUUGUUCAUUUGUGAUGUAUCUCAAUGUUUUAUUUGACAAUUUCCUGGUUGUUUUUAUAUUAUUCAACAAAAAUGCCGCAUUGCGAUAAUCAGGAAUUUUGAGUUUCAUUAAGUUUCAGGGAUUGAAAAAUUUGUAAAUGAAGUUUCAGGUUUCAAGAAAUUUUUAGAAAGGGAUUUCAGGGUUCACCGCUUUCAGUGAGUGGCACCCCUGGGCUCAGUGUUUAAUGCAUGUUCUUUUUUUAUAUAUAUAAAACAAAUUUAAUGAGAUUUUUAAACAAUUUUCCUGCACUAGGUCACCAAAACCAAAAUAGGCUGGGUUUCUUUUUUUGUGUAAUUGUACCAGUUACAAAUGCCAAUAAAUCAACUUUUGAUUUAAAAAUAAAAAGCAAAGGCUAUCAUCAAAAAUACUUCAAAAAAGUUUUAAACCAACCAUUAGUUUACAAAUACAGGUUAUGUUUUAUAUCAAUUGGUUUAUUUUAAUAAAUUCAUUGUCUUAGAUAUAAUUUUUUUAGUAAAAGUUUUUUGCUCACUUUUUAAACCAUCGUAUAUUUCAAGUUGAUCAGUAGCCAAGUAGGUAACAAACAGCCUUCAUGUAUAACACCAUUUCAAAAAUAACAUUUUUAGAUUGAGAUAAUGGAAUCUCGCCUUGCGAUAGCCUGUCCUGAGUGCUCAGAGUUGUUCCACCCUAAUGACAUUCGUGCCGUUGUUCAAGAUGAUGUUCUCAUGCAGAAAUAUGAAGAUUUUAUGCUCAGACGUGUGCUGGCUAUGGAUUCUGAUACCAGGUGGUGUCCAGCUCCUGACUGUGGGUAAGUCAAAAUUAUCUACAAAUGUUAGUCCACCAACUAUAGUUGAAAGUGGACAAGGUAAUUGUUUAGCUCAAAGAAACAUAAUGGUUACAUUUUUGCUGGCUCUUCUGCUUUAAUUAGUAAAAACUUUUACCAUCAACAUUUUGCAUUUCUCAUUCUCCACAAAAAGUUUCAAGUGACAUAGCAGAUAUAUAUAUAUAUAUAUAUAUAUAUAUAUAUAUAUAUAUAUAUAUCUAUAUCUAUCUGUGUGCGUUGGGUAUAGUCAAUGUCAAGACUGCUCAAUGUUGAUGCAUUAUGCUAUCUAUUUUGUAUUUCUCUUUCUCCACAAAAAGAUUCAAGUGACAGAGCAGAUAUAUAUAUAUAUAUAUAUAUAUAUAUAUAUAUAUAUAUAUAUCUAUAUCUAUCUGUGUGCGUUGGGUAUAGUCAAUGUCAAGACUGCUCAAUGUUGAUGCAUUAUGCUAUCUCUUUCUUACAAUUGUCCUUGACAGUUACGCUGUUAUUGCCUAUGGGUGUGCUGGUUGUCCAAAGUUGAAGUGUGAAAGAGACGGGUGUGAUACCUACUUCUGUUACCAUUGUAAGCAGUACUGGCAUCCUAACCAGACAUGUGAUGCAGCAAGAGCUGAGCGGUCCCCAAACAAUCGGUCAUCAUCUGUUAGCUAUAGUCAAGAGUCCGGUGCUCAGAGUAAGAGCUGGUUUAAAAAUUGUUGUUGUUGAAUGUGGCUUUACACCCUUUUAAUGGUUAUGAAAAUAAUUUGAUUAUUAGUAUAAAUACUAGUAUUUCAUUCCCCUGGUUUUUCAAGAAGUCAUACUAUGUGAGACCUGUUACUAAAUUUUAAAAUUAAUCAUUAAUCAGGAAACGUGUUAUGGUGAAGCUUUGUGAGAUUAAUUAAUUAAAGCAUUGUUGUUGAUACACAGUUAUCACCAUCAUUUGGGAAUCGGAGUUAAAAUGUUUUAAAAUUUGGAUCAAUUCAAGGCAAAUUCACAAGGUUAAUUACUUAAACUUUUAUCAUUUAAACAGAUAUUCACCAUAGCCCCUUGGCUCUUUUUUUUUUUUUUUUUAAAAAAAGAUCCCUGCCGUAUUUAUUGUUUUAUUACUUUGUGUGGCUAUUGAAAGAAGCAAGAAUGUUAAAAUUAAAUGAUUCUUUUUUCAAACUUUUUAGAUAUUCACCAUAGCCCCUUGGCUCUUUUUUUUUUUUUUUUUAAAAAAAGAUCCCUGCCGUAUGUAGUGUUUGAUUACUGUGUGUGGCUAUUGAAAGAAGCAAGAAUGUUAAAAUUGAAUGAUUCUGUUUUCCAACUUUUCAGAUGAGAUCAAAUCCUGCCCUCGCUGUGGUGCCUUCAUUGUCAAGAUGGAUGAUGGUUCCUGCAAUCACAUGACAUGUGCCGUGUGUGGUGCAGGUUUCUGCUGGCUGUGUAUGAAGGAGAUCUCAGAUCUUCAUUACCUAAGGUACUGAUCUUCUCAGAUCUUCAUUACUGUUACAGAUGCAUCUGCAUGAACAUUUGAAUUUGAUAAAAGUAACUUAUGCUUAAGUUGUGGCAAAAUGGAUUUAGUUUUCUGGAUGUGACAUCACAAGAAAAGUCUCACAUCAAUAAUAUUAUUUAAAUUUAGCAUUUUUCUUGAUGAUGGCCAAACACUUCUACAUCUAAAUUGAUAUGAUAAAUCUUAAUUGGAAAGUGCGCACAUUUUUCAAUGGAUCCAAUUUUAAAUUUUUUAUCUUGUUAAUUAAUCUAAUUAAUCUCUGGCAAAUGUAUAUAACCUGCCAUCCGUUUCCUUUGCUAAUUAAUCUCUGGCAAAUGUAUAUAACCUGCCAUCUGUUUCCACAGUCCAUCUGGAUGCACAUUUUGGGGGAGAAAACCCUGGAGCAGGAAGAAAAAGAUUUUGUGGCAGCUGGGAACGCUGGUGGGAGCUCCGGUUGGAAUAACAUUGGUAGCUGGAAUAGCUGUGCCGGCUAUGAUUAUAGGAAUACCUGUUUGGGUGGGCCGUAAGGUAAAUAGUUAUGACGUUUAGGGUUGUUGCUUGGUCAGUUAAUCCCUUUGAAUUUAUUGAUAAUCUGUCAUGUUUUGUUUGUUUUGUAAUGGGUUUUUUCCCAAACCUAACUGGUAAAGUUAUGACAUCGCUAUACUUGGAAAUGUAAAGUCAUCUAGAGGAGAAUUUUUAAAUAAGGUCAAUUUGUCAGGAAUAAUUAUUUUGUUCAUUUUUUGGUUUUAUUUUGUUAACAUUUAGCAUUUGGGACAUGCUAAUAAUCAAUACAAAGAUAAAAAUUGAUUGCAAGAUUUUGUUGAGCUGCACACAGAUGAGAUAAAGGGAUUUCCUUUUUUUUUUUUUUUUUUUCCAGAUUCACUAUCGAUUUGAAGGAACUUCCAAACAUAAAAGGAACCUAGCCAUAACUGGAGGGGUGGCUGCUUCAAUUUUAGCUGCACCUAUAAUAGCUGGACUAGCUGUUGGUAAAUGAUUGUGUUAAUUAUAUAAAAUCUUAAUUCUUGUUAUUUAUUAUUACAGUGAAUUAAUAUCUAACAAAUAGAGUUUUCAAUUGUACAUUUCUUCUGAUUUUUAAAUGAGUUGUAUAUUAUAUCUUGCAUAGAGACUGCAUCUCAAAGGAGAUAUUAGAUAAAAUGAUUAAGGCAGUCUUUUUACCAAUCUCAAAGCAACACAUUUUGACAACUGAAAAUUAAUGUUAAGAACUGAAUUUUUCUAAAUUUUUGGAACAUUAAAAAAAUCUAUUUGACUAGUGUUUUGUUGUUUGAUGUGAGCUCAUUUAGUUGUCAUUAAAUCUUUUUGGGAUCCCUUGAGCGGGGAAGUGGGGGGGGGGGGGGGGGGGGGGGGGGGGGGGAGUUUAGUCAGUAUAACCCAUGCUCAACUGAUUAUAUAGAUAAAAUUCUUUAACACAAAUAUAAUAAAAUAAUAUUCUUAUGCUUAGUUUUAUAAACUGUUAUAAAAUUAUUUAUGAUAAAUAUAACAAAUUCUUUAUCUCAAAUUCAAACAUUUUUUUUUACUUAUUGAUUUGUUUUAUUGUUGUUUUUUUUACAUAUUUUUAACAUCAUUAUUUUGUACCCAUUGUCAACAUCAUUAAGAUUUCUGACCUUCAUUUUCUCACCUAAGGUAUAGGUGUGCCCAUACUGUUGGCAUAUGUUUAUGGUGUUGUCCCAUUCUCUCUUUGUCGAAGUGGGGGCUGUGGUGUAACAACUACAAACACAGGUGGUGUACGGUUUGAGUUCGAUGAACAUGAUGAGAACAACACCCAUGGGCCUUACAGCACUGCAGGUAAAUUUAUCCCAUAGAUUCUAGACUGUGUUUGCUGGGACUGCACCAUGCAGUAAAUGCCAUUGAACGUCUAGGGACUCUGCUCCCCAGCCUGGUUAACUAAUUAUAAGAGGGUAGGAAUGCGAUAAAGCUUUUAAGUAGAUUAAUGAAACACAAUUUGUGUAACUAAAACUGCACAAAGUGUAAGUUGUAUUAUUUGCAGACAACGUACUAAUUUAAUGUUUUGACUAAUGCCUUCGGUGCUACAGCAGAAUAACAGAAAAUAUGCCAUUUAAAUUCUACAUGAUAUCUAUACAUUUCAGCAAACUCCAUAUCUGCAAAAAUAUUUGCUCUAGUGCCUUAUCAUGCUUUUUACAAACAUGUUUUUUUCUAUGGCAGAUUGAGAGAUGGUUCAUGUCUGUUGAAUAUCUACAGUAGAAAACAUUGUCCACUGAUUAUAGUUUAAUCUGUUGGAUAGUUUUUUUCCUAUUCGAACAGUUUUAUAAAUAUCUAGCACAUAAAUCUAAUUAUUGUUUCAUCUUUAUUUCCAGGUGACAACCAUAGUCUAGAGACAGCCCCUAAUGUUGCCAACCCUAGCAUAGCCACCAGCAUUGGUGAGACUAGCCUUGGCAUGACCAACAGGUGGGCUGUUGUGGAACUGUCUUACUUAAAUUGGAUAUGCUUGGGCCAAAUCAUUGUUGAAAUAGAGGUUUAGAGGUUUGGUUUCCUUGCAAAUAAGGUCCACAUCAAUUAUUUAUCCCUUGUGAAAAAGAAAUGUACUUCUAGGUCAACAUUUAACUUUUUAAUUUGUAUUUGAUAAUUUAAAAUUCACAGGGUAAAAUAUUUACACUAAAAUUUAUGACAUCACAGAGUCUUGCAUCCUUAAUUUUGUAUCUGGCUAUCUAUGAAAUGAUACAACUUUAGAAAUAAUUAAGUAUUGCACUUCAGAAAAAUAGGUUAAACUUUUUAAUAAAAUUUUAAAAACUUAUUAAACUUUUAAUAUAAAAUAACAAAACAUUUGUAUAAAUAUUGAUUGUUACCCUAAGCCUUGAAAUGAUCCAUAAUUUCUUCAGCUUGAGUGCUAGCGGCAGCCACAUUGACAGGGCAGGCAUACUACGUGAUGACAGUGACAGGGAUUCAUCCAGCCAUAGAGCAAUAGCCGGAAAUAGCAUCAAUGGGAGUCUAUGUAGUGCCACAUAUGGAGCACAGCACCACAAGUAAGUGUCCUUGAAACAAGGUGGUCAUGUUGUACUGAUAGGAGCACCCGGUGGCCUUGUGAGUAGUUGGUUAACCCUUUAUGGGGCAGAGGUACUUCCUCUUGCAUCUCCUGAACAGGCACCACUUCUCCGGUUUUUAGUAAGAUUUAGGGUUACGUUAGUUUUAAAAAAUCAAAUCUAACGUGUUAGUCAACAAAUUUUUGUGAAAUAAAAGCGAAAUAAAGGAAAAUGAAUGCAGAUUUAUAAUUGUACUCACAUGUUGCCAUUAAUCCUCAUAUGGGCACAAAUAUUUGCAAAAAACAACACAUUGUUUGUGAUUGUGAGUCAUCUAUUCACUAUUGAGAAACACUGCCACAAAAGCGAAGUUUGUAAAAUUCAACAUUGCUUUCUACGCUGAUUUCACUAAUAUUACUAAUAAUAUUAAUAUCUAGUUCCAAUUUACAGUCCAUUAGUGCACUUCAAUGUCACUUAAAAUGGAAUCCAGCGAAAUCUCUGGUAUCACUUGAAUAAUUGGCAAAUAAUCGGCAAAAUCCACUUCGAAAAAAAAAAAUUUUAACCUUUAAAACUACACACAAAAAAAUCAAUUAAAUACUUGUAACUGGCGCCCACUCUAUCCAGCUAUCGGAAAAACCAGAUGUAAUCAAUAGGAAGUCUCGGAGUUCACGAGUUUAUAACUCUAUGUUGUCACGGACGCUUUUGGACGUUUUGCCCGUUCAGAAUUGAGACUUUUCGGCCGCUCUGCCGGGGGGGGGGGGGGGGGGGGUUAAAGUUUAGAGAGAACCAGAACUGAUAAAGAGUUGAUAAUUUCUAAGUAUAAAAAGUUUUCCAUCUUGAAUAUUUAAUAUUUAAUAAGUGAUCUAAACUGAUAAAGAGUUAAUAAUUUCUAAGUAUAACAAGUUCUCCAUCUUGACUAUCUAAUGUUUAAUGAUUGAUCUGCUGCUGUUUAAAAAAGAAAGUCAAUAGGCACUCUGAAAUAUAGCUAAGGUAUUAUAUGGAGCACAGCUUGAAUUAUGUUAUCCGUUCAAAACUUUGAUAAAUAUCCUUCAAUUUGAAACCAAUCCCUUUGUUGCAUUCCAAAAACUUUCAUUAGAAGUUGAACAAGUUGCUGUCCAUCAUAUUAAUUACAAAUUAGACUGCUAUCCAAGUCCAACACAUUAGAAUUUAGAUUGAUAUCCAAGUCCAACACAUUAGAAUUUAGAUUGAUAUCCAAGUCCAACACAUUAGAAUUUAGACUGAUAUCCAAGUCCAACACAUUAGAAUUUAGACUGAUAUCCAAGUCCAACACAUUAGAAUUCAGACUGCUAUCCAAGUCCAACACAUUAGAAUUCAGACUGCUAUCCAAGUCCAACACAUUAGAAUUUAGACUGAUAUCCAAGUCCAACACAUUAGAAUUUAGAUUGAUAUCCAAGUCCAACACAUUAGAAUUUAGACUGAUAUCCAAGUCAAACUCAUUAGAAUUUAGACUGCUUUCCAAGUCCAACACAUUAGAAUUUAGACUGAUAUCCAAGUCCAACACAUUAGAAUUUAGACUGAUAUCCAAGUCCAACACAUUAGAAUUUAGACUGAUAUCCAAGUCCAACACAUUAGUAAUUAAACUAAUUUCCCCCCAAAAAUGUUGUUUCCAGACUAGAAGUUCAUGCAGACAUAUCAGAGCAUUCAGCUCACUGUGAGAGGUCCAGUGUUGGUGGGGAGUCAUACAGUAUGUCACUCAAUGAUGAUGCAAGCACCCGAGCACUGGCAGGGUCAAUAGUCUCUCCAAAGUGAGUGGUUAUCACAGGGCUGUCUUGGUUUUCGCAUGGUUGUUUUUAUUAAUUAUAUUUGAGUGAUAGAGCGCCAAGAAUAUUGCAUUUCAUUCUUAUCUUUCAGUUUUUGAACUGACCUCCUCAAUUUUGUUAUGCAUCUACAAAAAUUAAAUUAAUAUUUUUUCUUACCAUAAGGCUGUUUAAGGUGGUCCACGGGUGUAAAAAUGGAUAGUUUGGAUAUUUGUAUCCCAAAUGAGCUUCUCCUAGCUUGGCCUCUUAUUCUUAUGAGCACUUUACUGCUAAGGGUUUUCUUUAAGAUAUAGUUUUAAGUUGUUUUAAAAGUGGUACGGUAAGACCACAUUUCCAGGAACAUAAAACUGGUGAAGACAAAAUCUGGCUUAUUAGACCUUAGUGACAUGUAGUUCAGACCUGUUUACUCUUACCAUUUUGAGGUGUAUACAUUAUAUAUACUGUAUGUUUAUUUUUUUACUAAGAUAAUGUAUUGAACGAUUUUGUGAUGAUGUACGAUUUUAAGAGUUUGACAGUAAACAGGACUGGUAGGUCUACAACGCUACCUACACGUAUUUGGUAUCGACGAAAGAGUAGCUGAGCCAGAAGGCUGUGGCGUCAUAAUCAAAUAUGGCUAAAAUAAGCUUCAAAGUUAUUCCGUAGUUAACAAUUGAAUUUUAAACUUUCUGAUUGGUCGAGGCAUUGACCCCUUGACCUUUUCUUGUUCUGUGAAGCUCAUUGGUCAAAUAAAUUAAAAUUUGACCUGGAUAGAUUGUUUUCUACCCACAUUCCAAUUCUACUUCCGCUAUGGGUCUAAAAAUAUGAUUUUAUUUUUGGAUGAACUUUUUAUCGCUCAUUUCAAUCGAUGGACUUCAAAUUGACUCAAGAAAUCGAAUAUUUAGCAGUUUCAACCCAGUUUUUUGGAUUUACAUACCAUAUCAUAUUGUUGGUAAGUGGUUUCAAGCAUUUUAAAAAUAAAUGAUAUAAUUACACAAAAUAUAUAACAUUAUUUUUCUUUUUUAUGUAACUGUCGCAGUUUUCAGUAAUGAUGGAAGAGUAAUGCCAUGCCAUACCAAAAUUAUCUCUAACUCUAGUCUAGUCUAAACGAAACGUUGCUGCUCGUGCCCGCAGUAGGCAUUAAAUAUAUUGUUUUAAAAAUUAAUCUUAAAAUAUAGCAAAUCUGGGCUAUGCAAUUUUAUAUUUUGAUCUUUCUCCCUAAAUUUAUAAAAUUAAUUUUUAUUUAUGUCUAUCUUUUGAAAGUUUAAAAUUAUUUUGAAUCACAAUGUUAACAGAUUGACUUGGAAUAAAAUCCUAGAAUUUUUCAUUUCCUGUAAAUUAAUAGAGGCAUAAUAUUUGUUAUCAUCUCUAGGUGACCUGUUGGCAUCUCCUUGAACCAAAAGACUGGAAAGGAAAAGGAUCAUACCAUACAAGAGCAGUCAAGUUGCAAAGUAAAAAUAAAGUAUUUCUUGGUCCCUUCCAGGCGUCCAUUUUCCUCUUAUAGAGUAAGGAAUGAAUGCCUUUCUUGAUCAUACUCUCAUGAUAAAUUCUAUUCAAUCUGAUCAUGCUCUCAUGAUAGAUUCUAUUCAAUCUGAUCAUACUCUCAUGAUAGAUUCUAUUCAAUUUGAUCAUACUCUCAUGAUAGAUUCUAUUCAAUCUGAUCAUGCUCUCAUCAUAGAUUCUAUUCAAUCUGAUCAUACUCUCAUGAUAGAUUCUAUUCAAUCUGAUCAUACUCUUAUGAUAGAUUCUAUUCAAUCUGCCACUUCGGAGCUAUUUCACACACAUCACAACACGUCUGUUGUAUGUGAACAUUCAACUUUAACGGGUAUCACUCAGUGCUGAUAUCAUUACCACAUUGCUUCAGAUCUGUAAGUCAGAGCUGCAGUGAGUUACCUGAUCAGUACUGGACUUAACAAACAAAAAAACAUGGGCUGAAGGGGGAGAAGAUGAACAGUAUUGUUCAUUUAUUUCUUGACAUGAGUCAAAGUAUUAUUACUACAUGCUUCAAACUUUGCAAAGUUUUUACUAUUGUAUACCUAUUUAUCCCUACACUUUUGCCAAAGUAGCUAAUUGUUGUAAGCCCAAGUCUACGGCACUACGCCAAGCCUAAAAAACUACCAUUUCUGGAGUUUUAUCGUUUUUUUUGGUUUAUUUAAAAAAUAUAACUUAACAACCCCCUCAAAACAAAGGUUGUUUUUUUUUAUACAUCCUUAAUAAAAUGUAAUAAUGGACAAUCCGGGUGGGGGCUAAAAAUUUGAAAAAUCAUGCAUACAAGUAAUGCACUUUAUUAGAAUCCGAAGUUGUGCCCUCCCAACCCCAAAUUUUUGUCAUGCCCCUGAACUUUAUAAAUAUUCUAAUUCCCAUAUGCUUUUACACAGCAGAUUUAUUUCACCAAAAAUAUUAGAAAAACAAAACUUGCAGUAUUUUUUUUAAAAGAAUAUUUAAGCCGGUUAUUGGAAAUUUCAUUUUAUCUUGCCCAUGAAAAAAUAGGAAAAACUGAUUUUGGUUGGUUGUGGUGUGGGUCUGAAAAUGUGAUAGAAUGCAUUGUCACCUGCAACGAGUCUAUGUGCCAAGAUUCAGCUCGAUAGGUUGAAGGGAAGUGGGUCCAUUAGCGGUCUGAAGAUUUUGCCAGUUGGCCACCCAGCCAGCUACCCACAAAUAUAAAGGGUUUAAAAAUUGGGGUCUUUGCAGUAAAAAGUUACCAUAAUUUUUUGUGUUUUUGAAUGACAACAGUGAAUGGCCUUUGCAGUUUGGGUCUCAAUGAGCCAAACAGAAUAUUUUUCUUUUGGAUGGUGGAUUAAGUAUUAUUAUUUAAAACUGCCAAUGUGUUGUAUAAGUUUUAGCUUAUUGAUUGGAUUUGGCAUCAUUGAUGUGCAUUAGAUUUCCAAGUGAUUGGAUCUGAAUUUGGCACCAAUGAUGUGCAUUAGAUUUACAAGUGAUUGGAUCUGGAUUUGGCACCAAUGAUGUGCAUUAGAUUUACAAGUGAUUGGAUCUGGAUUUGGCACCAAUGAUGUGCAUUAGAUUUCCAAGUGAUUGGAUCUGGAUUUGGCACCAAUGAUGUGCAUUAGAUUUACAAGUGAUUGGAUCUGGAUUUGGCACCAAUGAUGUGCAUUAGAUUUACAAGUGAUUGGAUCUGGAUUUGGCACCAAUGAUGUGCAUUAGAUUUCCAAGUGAUUGGAUCUGAAUUUGGCACCAAUGAUGUGCAUUAGAUUUACAAGUGAUUGGAUCUGGAUUUGGCACCAAUGAUGUGCAUUAGAUUUACAAGUGAUUGGAUCUGGAUUUGGCACCAAUGAUGUGCAUUAGAUUUCCAAGUGAUUGGAUCUGGAUUUGGCACCAAUGAUGUGCAUUAGAUUUACAAGUGAUUGGAUCUGGAUUUGGCACCAAUGAUGUGCAUUAGAUUUCCAAGUGAUUGGAUCUGGAUUUGGCACCAAUGAUGUGCAUUAGAUUUACAAGUGAUUGGAUCUGGAUUUGGCACCAAUGAUGUGCAUUAGAUUUCCAAGUGAUUGGAUCUGGAUUUGGCACCAAUGAUGUGCAUUAGAUUUCCAAGUGAUUGGAUCUGGAUUUGGCACCAAUGAUGUGCAUUAGAUUUACAAGUGAUUGGAUUUCGUAUCGUAAUAAUACCUUUGAAUUUGAAGGUGUUUUUUUUUUGUUAAGUUCACCUUUAUCAACAUAUUGAAGGGUAAGGGGCCAUCCAUUUAGUACGUAGGCACUGAAGUGGGGAUCCAAUUUUGCGUAAAUUUGGCGAGGGGGUCCAGGCAGACAGUACAUACAUUUAUUUAAAAUUCUGCAGUAAUCAUCUUGAAAUUUUGACAGUACAAAGAUUACCUAUUUAAUUAUCAAAGUAGAGGAAUUUGAUUUUGAUUUUUAACAUCGAAAACCUACGACCACUGUACUUUGUUAACUUAGUAAUAGUUAAGUAAUCUUCCCUUUUUUUUUAAAUCUACAAUAUAACACCAAGCCUUAUAAAUUUUAAAUAAAAUUAAAGUCCUAAAGUAUUUUAUUUAAAAAAUUUCAUAUUCACUAAUAAUAAUAGUACAAAAUUAAGAAUAAAUGCCAGUAUUUCAAUGUUCAUUGUUCAAAAUGUUCUUGAUAACCCUUGUUCCGCACUUCUUUGGCUCAGUCCUACGUCACCGCAUAGACUUGUUUUAUUUUAGCAUGUCUACCAUAUAAAUACUGAUACAAAUAGUAUAAUAGUCUAUAGUUAAUAAAAAAUAUGUCCAACAGCGCCUUUAAAGACUGAUGAUGGUUAGGAGAGCAACCAAGCUAAGCAUGUGAUCACUGCUACACUCUACUAGAUUUAUUGAUAGCAAGCAUAUUUGCAGGACAGUACUCACAGGCCAUCUGGAUGUGAAAAUGAAAAGACAAUCCUGUGUAUCCCCCACCUCAGGUGUCCACUUCUGGAACUUCCCAGUCAAGCUCUCAACACCCUGAUGACAGAGACUUUAUAGACACUAAAGUGGGUUUACUUGAACUGGUUUUUCUCCUCACAUGAAAAGACAUUGGCUCCAUCUAGGAAAAGAUGUAUUCUACUUGUGGUAACUAAAUACAUGUUCUAGAGUCCCACAGAGACAGGACACAGUGCUCUAUUUUUUUAAGACUUUGAAAAGCAAGUCAAAAAAGCCUCAACUCUUUUUCAAUAAACUGAUGAAAACUUGCGCAAAUGCUGGGAACUUUAAUAAAUAUAUGUGUGUGUGUACACAUUUAUUGGUUAAUUUUGUUCUUGUGUUUGGUGUUUCAAUAUUGUUUUCAAUUCUAAAAUUCCAAAUUGUUUUCCUGUUGCCAAAAAAGGCACCUAUUAUGCUGCAAUAGCCAUGAAUCUGAGUUCAGUAUGCCUAUCAGUCAAGCAAGUCUGUGCAGUCGGUGCUUUUUGUGCUUGCCCUAAGACCUUUUCUCAGUCUUAAGAAACAGAUCGGAGGACUAUAACCUGUAUAUUUAUUUGUGUUCACUUAUAUAAGUCGUCGGGUGGAUUUCCCGACACCAUUUGUAUUUUGACUGCCAUCCAGUCUCCCCCAUGCUUGCUUAUUUCUAUUAAUAUUCUUUACAUAAUGAUGGAUUGUUUUUUAACAAAUUUCUCAUAGGAAGAUUUGCAAAAAAAAUGUAUUGGUGUAUUUUAUUUAUUUUGCUCCUAGGGGUGAUUUUUGAAAAAUUGUGUUAAUAUUUUUUAUCUUUUCUGUCUGUUUUUUAAAUUCUUUUUUCAUUCAUGAACGGUAUAUGUACAUUGUGUAUGCAUUCUUUAUAGUUCUUGCGGCCUGAAUUUUAAAAAAAACACUCUUAAAUGUCUUUUUUCAUUUUCUCAAUUUUGCUUUUUUCAGAUUUUUGAUGGAUACCGAAUGUAUCAGAAGGAAAAGCGUUCUAGUCACAGACCUCAAACUUAACAUUCUUCUUUCUAUUGAUAUUUUAAACAUAACUAUCCUGGCUUUUUUAUAUCUCUUCAACAUAAUUUUUUAAAUUGUGUUUUUACAUAUCCUACCCCAACAAUUGGCCACAUUUUUAUGUGACCCCCACAUACAUGCCAUUAGCAGCUCUUCCAAUCAUUAUGAUACAGUGAGCCUCUCACAUACAUGCCAUUAACAGAUCUUCCAGUCAUUAUGAUGCAGCGAGCCUCUCACAUACAUGCCAUUAGCAGAUCUUCCAAUCAUUAUGAUGCAGUGAGCCUCUCACAUACAUGCCAUUAGCAGAUCUUCCAAUCAUUUUGAUGCAGUGAGCCUCUCACAUACAUGCCAUUAACAGAUCUUCCAAUCAUUAUGAUGCAGUGAGCCUCUCACAUACAUGCCAUUAACAAAUCUUCCAAUCAUUAUGAUGCAGUGAGCCUCUCACAUACAUGCCUUUUAUUAGAUCUUCCAAUCAUUAUGAUGCACUUCCAUAACAAAGUCUGAUUGUGAUAUUUCAAAACUACUUAGUUCUUAGCGUUCAUAACUUUUGCAUAACUCAAAUAAAAAAUCUAAAACAAAAAUUCAAAAUAAACGUAUGUGUUUUUUUUUUUAUUCUUUAUUUUUAUUUCACUUUUGUUCAUGGCUGGCUGUCAAAAUCUCAGGAUGGCUAAUUGAUUUGUUCUUCUGAAAUACCGGUAGUUGCUGUAAUAAAUCUGUGGCGUGAAAGCGGGUGGGACAUAAGAAUAUUUAUAUUUUAUAGCCAUUUUAAUUGUUUCUAUAGUAUAGUAGUUACUAUCCUAGUGUCUCAUUUUUAUUUUACUUAGUUUACAUGUUUUUAAUAAUUGUAAAGGGCUUAGAGCUUUAAGGUAAGGGCUAUAUAAAAAUGCCUAAAUAAAUAAAUAAAAUAAAAUAAUUCAAAAAUGCAUAUAAAGGAUUUAAAAGAAAAACUUUGAUUUUAGGGGUUCUAUAUUAGAUUCAUAUUAACUUCACUUUUGUUAGUGUUUUAGGGCACUUCACUUAACUUCACUUUUGUAAGUGUGUUAGGGCACUUCAUAUUAACUUCACUUUUGUUAGUGUGUUAGGGCACUUCAUAUUAACUUCACUUUUGUUAGUGUUUUUAGGGCAAAAUCUUCAGGCAUUUACUUGACUCACUUCCCAUCGACCUCUCAAGCUGAAACUUGGCACGUUGACAGACUCAUUGCAGAUGAAUCCCUAACAUAUUGUCAGCCCCACACCCCAACCCCUAAAAAUCAGCUUUUCCUGACUUUCAAGGGGAACAUGAAGGAAAUAUGAUGACACCUAUUUCACAAAAUAAAAUUCACCAUAACAGGGCUAAAUGAGAAAUUUUUUUUUUAAAUACUGUAUCACAAACAAGGGCAUUUGGUGCGUAAUAUUUUCUUUAGGUUUUUCUAAAAUUGUUGUUGAAAUAAAUCAGCGGUGUAAAAGCAGUGGGUCAAUAAAUCAGCUGUGCAAAAGCGGGUGGGUCAUUAGAAAAUUAAUAUACUUCAGGAGCGUGAAGAAAAAUUGUGUGGGGGGGGGCACUGAUUGUGAUUCUUAUAAAGUGCAUUACUUGUACCCAAUAUGCAUGUUUGGUCUAAUUGUUAGCGCCCCUCAUUGCUGGAGAUUACAUUUUAUAAGGGAUUUAUACGAACAUCUUUGUUUUUAGGGCGUGUUUCAUUUGUUUCACAUUUGGUCUAGUUUGUUCGUUACAAAAAUAUUUUAAAGUUGAGAAACAGAGGACAAAAAUUUUGACCCAUGGACCACCUUAAGAGAAAGCAGUUAGUAAUUGUCAUUAAAUUGUCAAUAGUUAUGUAAUGUCAUGUUGCUGAGGUUACGGUUUUUUUAAACUUCUAAUGCCAAAAAUUAGUUUACACUGACAAUAAAUUUGUUCCCUUUUUUUUGUCUUCUGUGUUUAGGGAUAAAGAUGGCAUUUCCCUUUGCUCCAGACAUUUUGAUGGUGCUUCAGGGCCGUUGGCUUAUCCAGAAGAGAGCUCGCUGAAGGAUGACGAGUGUGCAUCCUCAUCCGGUGGAGGCGGCCAACAUCAGAGAGGCAGCUCGUCCUGCCCGACGUCCCCGCACUUGCGCAAGGCCAGCCCUGCUCCGUCAGAAGAUACCCACAGCACACGAGGCAAGAAAUGCACUCGUUUCAUGGAUCAGGUCUCGGAGAUUGAAUCCAAAAGUGACUGCUUGAGUAUUGGCUCAAUCAUAAGUACAAACAGCGGUUCGCCGUGCUAUGAUGGCGUCUCUCCCACUUUACAGACGUACUCCACGCUGUCACUCACAACCGUCACCACCACUCAAGCUGCUUUGGCCAGCUGUGAGAGUUUAAUGAGUGAGGGGAAGGCCGAGACCAUCGGUGCCGCUGACAUAUGCAAGACUACAAACAUGGUCAGCGGCGUCAGGGUCAAGGCAGAAUCCACCAGUGUGUUGAUGGACGGAGCUGACUCUCGCCGGUGUGAAAUGGGAGGUGCCCGUAGGAAGAGCGACUCCACUUCUCGAGAUGACAUGAACCCAUCUGAGCGGCUGCUGGCCUCGAGGAAGAAGUCUGGCACGGGCUGCGAGAAGGAGCACAGAUCUCAACCUGGAAAUCUGUCAGACAUAUCUGAAAUAAAGGGCAUGCCGUCACUGCACACUGCUGGCUGUCCUGACUUGCUCGCCGUGAUUCAUACCAGGUGUGAGAAUGUUUUCUUGGACAAAAAGGGACAAACCAAAGCCAGGCUCAUCUCCCUGUCAUCGUUCUCCUCAUCAUUUGAAGAGCCUUCAGAGUUCUCAUCCAGGAGGUCCAUGGUGGGUGGAUUUGGAAAUUGUGAAACCGUGAGAGAAAAUGUUGUCUACAGUGGGUCCAUGUUGGAUGUUGGAGACAGCCUGUCUGAAGUUAAUUCAUCUCAGGUAAGCCUGGAGGAAGGGAAUGUUAUCAGGGCUUCAUCUAGGUCUGUGCUCCCCGUCUCAACAAGUGCCCACGAUAGGCACGCUUUCCUUGUGACAGGUGGUGGUCUGAAAACAAGCCAGAAUCUGCAUAAUACCACAACAGCUUCAAUCUAUACGGUAGAUGACAGAAAUAGCGAUGCCGAUCAAGCCAAUGGCCAUCUGUUACUUUGUAAACGUGAUUCCUCCCUGUCACAUACCAGCAUUGGCAGUGAUUGUGCCAUGGCUGCGUCACCUCUCCCUGAUGUUGAAAUGCCGACGUACCUGCCUGACACUGUUGGUGCUGCCGCCUCCUCACCAAGAUCGUCAGAAGUUGCCUGCUGUCACGUAUCUUUCCACAGUCCUGUCAAUUCUUUAAGCAGACAUAAAGCAGUGAAAAUCAACAUGGCCCCAUUGUACAAACCUUCCUCUGAACCACAUACACACAAAAGCACUGACAUUUACAGCCAAGACAGUUGUCCUUACACAUGUGCACAUUUGACCCCAACUGAAACCAACAAAAACUUAGCCGAAGACCAAGUGACUUUACCGUUGAUUUCCUCCAUAUCAGAGCCUCAACUUAGCCAUCAUUCACCAUCAUUUUUGCCUUGUCGGGGGACCAAAGACGCCGGCAGAUACCCUUCAUCGGUCCCAGCUGAACCUCAACAAGGGAAGACAAACGAGGUGCUCUCCACACACACACAACAUUCUCUGCGGUCCAGGUUGAACCUGCUUGAAGGUCAGGGUCAACUUGAAACAGUCAAAGUGGAAUGCCUUUACACUGAUGUGUGAGUUUAGUUUUUGUCACAGGGUGCUUCUUUUCCAUUGUUACAUGUUGGUGUCUUUUCAGGUUAGACCAGAGGGAAAUAAAGAGACUCUGCAUUGACCAAGUAUGGAUAUGUUUGACUAGGGUUUUACAUCUCAUUUAAAGUCUACCUUUUCAAAUACCCGUAGAGUUGAGCUUUUUUUUAGGCCUUAUUGUUUAAAGUAAGUGAAUGCAGUUGAUCCCAACAAAGCCAAUAGAACUUGAGUUCUAAACGUUUCUAUUUAAUCAUUGCCGCAGUUCUAAAGUAAACAAAAUAAAAACAUAUUCCACCUAAAAUUCAAAAGGGUGUUUGAAUUUUUUGUUGAUUGUCAACUCAUAAAAGCAAAAUAUAAAUAAAAACCAAAUAAUUGUUUUGAUUAAGUUUAGUGUGUUUCGUUAUAAAAUAAUUUUAGUUUUAGAUGUUGUGUCCUUUUGGGUGAUGGUAUCAUAACCUUGCUCCAUCAAUGUUCACCACUCAGCUAAUGAUGAAAGAGCUCAACGUUUUAAAAAGAAAUCAAUAUCACCAUUUUGGGGCCUCUUGUUUUGUGAAAUAAUGCAUCAAAUAAGCAACGUGAGAACCUUUCAUAGACAUUAUUGGACAUAGAGGUUGACUUACGUUUGGGAUUUUAAAUUUCCUUGAUGGUAAUUAAAUUAUUUAUAUUUAAAGUAACAUAUUGCCUAUAAUUUACAAUAAUAAAUAUAAAGUGUAACCAAAGGCUUGUGUAUUUUUGUACUCUUCCAUUGUCCGUGUUAUUUCACUCCUCAUAGAGUCAAGAUAAUAUUUUUAACAUUAUUUGCAAUGUGCCGCCAUGAAGAGUGGUGACUGGUGAUAAAUAAACUGUAUUCAUUCCUAAAUAAUGGUCUUUUCAUCUCAGCACAUCUAUUUUGCCUAGUCCAAUAAAUGACUUAAUUUUUACGCAAAGCUACAUCUGUGUUUAUCAGAGUUAAUUAGUACGUUAGGAAGUUUAAGUUAGUGUCAAAAUGUGCAACUAAUGCUUCUAUCUUUUUCUUAAUUUGCAAUACUUUCCAGAAAACGUUUGAUUUCUUUUUUAAAAGUAACUGUAGAAUAAUUAACUUCUAUACUGGUACUUAUAAUUAAACCAGCACCAACUGAGAAAUCUGCUGCCACACCCUAAAUGGUGGCACAUGACAUUUUUGUUGAUUGUUGAAUUUGUACAGAGCCAUAUUGCAUUAUAUAAUAAACUUGCUGAAUGGGUCAUAGUAUUACAUGUUUCUGAUGUAAACAUUUUGUUACAAUUUGUGUCAUGACUUUUGUGUGCUUUGAUUUUGCUGAAUUUUUGGACAUUGCCAUUUACUCGUAUUUAUCACUGGAAUUAAAGUCCCCCAAUUGAUUCAAUUACAAGUCGCAGUUGCUAUUUUUUUUAAAAAUAUAUUUUAAGUUUUUUUGUUGUUUUUUUUUUGGUCUUUUUCUCAUCUCAAAAUGUCCACUACAAGGCAAGUUUUGAAUUUUUUAUUUUGUUCCAACUAUUUUAGUAUACUUUUAUGUUUUAUUAAUAUUCUAUUCAAAGUUAUUGUAAUUUUUACUUGGUGUAGCUGGUCAUGUAAUCACAAAUAUAAUCAUAAUGGCUGAAAAUUCAGUGAAAAGCGUUUUUGGUAAAGACAAACCCAAUGGAGGAGAGAUUGAGAUAUUGCUGACUCAUUGGACAGAUGAAAGUGAAAUUUUAGAAAAAAAAUCAUAUUAAUAUUAGAUCUAAACCAGCAUUUUAAUUUUACAAUUUAGAAGCAUUUCUAAGACGGGUUUUUAGUUUUUAACUGGAUAUAUCAUUUCAACUGAUUGAUGUAGGCUGUUGGCUUUUCAAAACUGUACAGAACAACGGUAUGGUACAUUAUAAAAAUUAUAUUUGAAUUAUGUUAUAUUUUUUUUAUUUACAAUAGUACCCAGUACCUGCAAUAGAUGUAGGUACCGGUAUAUAGAAUUAUAUUUAAAAUACAAUAAUAUCGGGGCUGAAGGUAAAAUAUAUUGAAGUUAUAGUACCUAUAAAUAGUAUUUUAGCAGAGUGAAAUACAGCCAAUCUGUUGCUAUUUAAAACACUAAAAAAAAAAAAGUCUGUAAUAUUUGAGAAUUAAUCUAUCAUUAGAUAUAGCUUAAAAAUGAUUAUGUGGACGUCCUAAUCUGUACAACAAUAAGCAGCCACUAAUGAAGAGAUCAAUAACUUGUCCUGUCCCUACAGCUGUGACCAUCCUCUAAUGAUAAGAUGUAUAGCUAUGUAAAAAUGCUUUGAUUUUUACCGGUAUACAAAAUUAUAUUAUAUUAAUUUUAAAUAUUUGCUAUUUAUUUUUGCUGCUUUCAGCCUUAUUCCUAUUUGUUAUUAACUAUUAACAUAUGAUCAUCAUCCAGAAAGGACUGUCCUGUGGAUGUGAUGUACAUUGUAUAUGAUGGUACUGUGAUGUACAAUGUACAUGAUGGUGCUGUGAUGUACAAUUUAUAUGAUGGUGAUGUGGAGUACAAUGUAUAUGAUGGUGCUGUGAUGUAUAAUGUAUAUGAUGGUGCUGUGAUGUACAAUGUAUAUGAUGGUGCUGUGAUGUACAAUGUAUAUGAUGGUGCUGUGAUGUACAAUGUAUAUGAUGGUGCUGUGAUGUACAAUGUAUAUGAUGGUGCUGUGAAUUGUUUUCUGUAGUUAAUCCAGCUGUGGGGCAAUGGUACUUCUAGACCAGUUAAGUUAAAAAAAUUUUGUAAACUGUUUUCCAUUGUUAUUUAUGAUCAUUUCGUUUGCUACUUCAACUGAUAUUAAAAAUGAUCUAUCCAUAAUACUUUGAAACUUACAUAUUGCAAAUUAUGCUGAUUUUUUUCCCUUCUAUGUUUUUUUUCUACACCAGGCAUAUUUUUAGUGCGCCUCACACCCCUCUUGAUUUCAGAGCAUUUCCCGCACCCCAAUCUCGAUUUCAACACUAAAAUCCCAUACACCCUAAAAAAUGUAAAUAAAUCUGAUUUUCUGAGUCUCCCUGCACCUCCUGAGACCACCUCAGGCUCCGGCACCCAUGUUUAAGAACUGGUGGGUUAGUGUCCCAUUAACAGUAACAGACCUCAAAAAGUUUGAACUGUCAACAUUAAAAAAAAAUACAUUUUAACUAUUUUUUGCAUUACCGGUACUUGAAUUGAUUGAAAUUUAAAAGAAAAUUUUAUAUCCCAUCCAAAUGUUCCCAACAGUUGAAACCCUAUUUUACAAUGACUUUGUCUGGUCAUUUCUUGGUCAAUUUUGGAAAAUAUAGUCUCCAAAAAAAGCCACUUUUUUUUUGCUGAAUUUGAAUUAUUUAUUCUUUUUAACUCUAAUUCUAAUUCAAGUUUCUAGGGUAGUUACAUCCCUCCUUUUUUUUUUUGUUUAUCAAAAUAUUGAAGAAGGCUGCAACUAUUCGCACCCGGGUACCGGGUAUCAGAAGUGAGAGAUUGGGAUUAAAAAACUAUUUAAAAUAUUACUGGUAUUGUUGGGUUUGUAAGACAAAAUGAGGUAUCAAAUGAAAGAUAAUUGAAAUUGAAUGGUCUAUAUGUUUGUAAACUUACCUCUUCAGUUUAACUAAAAUAAACUACCGGGUACCACAAAUGACAUCCGAAUGGGAUUUAGUCUAAAGAGACCCAGGUCCGAAUAGGGGCUAAGCCGAAUAAAUUCAAACGGUCCUAAAUUUAUAUUACCGGUACUUUAGAUUAAUAAGCUCAAAAACUUAAAUAUUAUUUUUGAAGAAGUACGUUUUUUUUCCAAUAAUUUUAAAUGAAAUGUAUCCACAAGCAGCAGUGUGUCCCCGUGUGGAGGAGUUCUUUGUAAUCUCAGAUCAAGGACUGGAGGUCUGCUCUCACUCAACAUUUCUUUAACCCUUUGACACCCACCACCAUUAAUAGUUAUAAGACAGGUGUGGUCCUCUGUAGUUGGCUGGCCAUUCUCAGAGAUUGGUGGUGCAGACCACAUCAUCUAGUCAAAUACUUGAUGUAGAUGAGGAAAAAACUGCAGAAUGUGACCAUGGCAUUAACCUAAGCCAGUCACAUUCAGAAUGGGACGAGGGUGUUGGUCAUCAAAGUCACAGGUGUCGUCCUCUGUAGUUGGCUGGCCAUUCCCCAAAGAUUGGUGGAGCACACCACCAUAUCAUCUAGCCAAAUACUUGAUGAAGUUAAUGUAGAUGAAGAAAAAAGCUGCAGAAUGUGACCAUGGCGUUAACGUAAACCAGUCACAUUCAGAAUGUGACCAGGGUGUAGUUCCAAGCUGGUCACAAUCAGCUGUAUCAGUGAUGGGAAGACUUUUUCAAGCCCAAGUGUCUCUCUUCUGAUCUAUAGUGUUCACUCGAUCUUGCAGUUGCCGGUAUCAUUUUUAUUCUCCAACUUAUUUUUAUCAUUCUAAUUCUAUUGCUAGUGGUAAAUCUUUUUUUUUUUUUGACAUCCCCAUAAGAAAUUUGGACCUGUGGUGGGUUAAAAAUAUUUUACGUUAAAAUUUAUUUAAUGAAUUGAUUUUAUAAAUUUGUUUUCUAUUUUAAUAUGUGAUAUUAUUUCAUCUUUUGCAAACCUUUUUCUUUUUUUUGGUUGUAUAAGGUUGCAUUAUGUAAUUUUUAAAAAUCUGUUUAGGAUAUCCUCAAGUGUACAUUUUUGUCCAUAACCAUGAAUACUUGGUGGUGUACAUUUGUAGUACAUUCAGUUGCAGCCCUUGAUUUACAAAAAUCACAAUUUUAGGAUUAAAAGAAGAAAACGCUUAACAAAUAAAAUCCUCUUCAUACUGUGAACAAAACAUUCCUGAAACACUCUGUAAACACAAAGUACCUGGUACCGGUACUAAAGUUUGUAGUUAAUCUUUUAUAAUAUAAUACCGUUAUAAUAGUACAAGUACAAUGUAGAAAUCAAAAUUUAAUGCACCUUAUGUAAAUAUGACACAUGGGAUUGUAUUUGCUUAAAGUUAAAGUGCAUAUCAGUAUGAACUUUAGGAAUGAUGAAAGUCUUUGUAAAUCAAGAACUGCCUGUAUCUCUGUUAAGUCCAAUGCUAUGAAGAUUUCAAUGGUAAACAAAAUUUGUAAACAUAUAUUCUCAGAGAGAAAUUGAUAUAUAUCUUUUAACCAAAUUCAAUAUUCAUGUACCAAAUUAAUAGACAUUUUAUUUUUGACAUUUAAAAUUUGUUUUUAAAAAACAAUAAUGAUGACGAUGAUAAGAAUAAAGCUCUGAAGGUGA